AUGGAAAAAUUGGCACUCGCACUCCUUACGGCAAAGAAGAAGUUACGACAAUAUUUUGAAAGCCACACCAUCAUUGUAUAUACGGACUAUCCAUUAAAGCAAGUAUUGAGUAAACCUAACCUCUCUGGAAGGUUAUCUAAAUGGGCGAUUGAGCUAGGGAUGUAUGAUAUUCAGUUCUCGCCACAAAAAGCAAAAAAAGAACAGGUACUAGCUGCCUUCCUGGUUGAAAUUCAAUCGUUCACCCCUGGCACUCUGCCAGAGUUGUUAGAGUCAGAACACUGGCCGAUGCAUACUGAUGGAGCAUCCAAUUCCCAAGGGGUUGGUAUUGGCAUCGUAUUAGAGGCUCCCUCGGGCCUCAAAAUCGAGGAAGUCAUUCGUUUAGAGCAAUCCACGACGAAUAAUGAAGCAAAAUAUGAGGGACUAAUCUAUGGUUUAGAACUAGCACGAGACAUGGGCAUCCAGCGUCUGAAUGUCAGAGGAGACUCGCAGCUUAUGAUAGAGCAAGUGGCUGGAAAUUUUGAUACUAAAGCACCCCAUCUGGCUAGCCUUCUACAGAAGGUAACUGACUUGCGGGCACAUUUUCACCACUUCGAACUCAUACAAGUACCUAGGGAGGAAAAUCAUAAGGUCGAUGCCCUUGCCAAAUUAGCCUCUACAGGAAGUUGCACACGCCAGUCCUCCAUAUCUAUAAGCCGAUCAAGCAAAGACAUGGAAGUCUACUCAACCUCAUCCAAACCAGAGUGUUGGAUGGACCCAAUCAUUCGAUACUUGUCCACCUCCGAACUCCCACCUAAUCCAAACGACGCAAAGUUUCUGCGCCUUCGGGCACAACGUUAUUCCAUAAUCAAUGGAACACUAUACCGCAAGUCCUUCAAUGGCCCCCAUCUACGAUGCUUGCGUCCAUCAGAAGCUAAAAAAUUGCUAGAAGAGAUACAUGAGGGGACAUGCGAAAAUCACACGGGGGGACAGAGUCUGGCACAUAAGCCUGCUCAAACUUUACACUCCAUCGUUGCACCGUGGACUUUCGCAAAAUGGGGUAUGGAUGUGGUAGGAGAACUACCGAAGGCUGCUGGAGGAAGACGGUAUGCUCCGGUAGCCACUGAUUACUUCACGAAAUGGGUUGUGGCAGAGGCAUACGUCACAGUCAGCAAAACAGACACUAUGUCCUUCAUUUGGAAGCAUAUCAUAUGUCAAUUUGGGAUACCAUGGGAGAUAGUCGUGGACAAUGGAACCCCGUUCCAAAAUGCGAAGGUACAAGAACUAUGUGACACAUACAAGAUCAAGCUGAGCUUUGCCUCUGUCACUUACCCACAAGGCAACGGUCAAGCAGAAGCUUCCAACAAAGUUAUCUUUGCCAACAUUAAGAAGAACUUAGAAGAUAAAAAAGGAGCAUGGGCAGAAGAACUACCAAAAGUGUUAUGGGCAUAUAGGACAACAAAAAGAUCCUCUACGGGAGAAUCUCCCUAUGCCAUGGUAUAUGGAACAGAGGCCAUCAUCCUAACAGAAGUGGGCUUACCUACACUUCGAACAGAGAUCGCGUCUGAUCAAACAACAAACAACAUUCAACUACUGCACAACCUAGACCUUCUGGAAGAAGUACGUACGGUGGCACAAUUACGACUAGAAAAUUAUCAAAAGGCUGCAGAACGCUACUACAACAAAAGAGUCCACUCACGCACAUUCCGGGAAGGUGAUUGGGUUCUGCGCAAGGUCACAGGCAACAAGAAAAAGCUAGAACCUAAUUGGGAAGGGCCUUUCGAAAUCAUAAAAGUACUAGGCAGAGGGUCUUACACCCUAAAGAAUAAUACAAGACAACCCAAACAAGCCAUCACUAUACUACACGGUAUGGGUGCAUUGGAAAGAUAUCUGCCUCGCAAUCUUGACCACUUUGCCUCUGCCUCGACGACCAAUUCUACGCUUUGUUCCCUGCAGUCGGCCUGA